AAGUUUGCAUAUCUUGCGAGUGAGUCAGUGGGGAAAAGUCAAUCUUUCCUGGAGCCAGUCUGCUGCUACGCCACAUCAUCUAAAACAUGACCAAGCACGAGUUCGCGGUGGCCAUGACGUGUGAAGGAUGCUCGGGAGCUGUCAGCAGAGUCCUCGGCAAGCUGGCAGACGUGAAGUUUGAGAUCGACCUUCCCAAACAGCUGGUGUGGAUCGAGUCGGACAAAGACGUGGAGGUCCUCAUGGACACCUUGAAGAAGUGCGGCAAGGAGGUCAAGUACAACGGCACCAAAUGAUCGGGCCCCAGGACUCGGACUCUUGCGGUGCGAAAGGAAGGAGAAGUCAUAGACGUCAUGGCUGAAGCGGCGCUUUAGCAAUCCUUCAUGAUUAUGGCAUCUUCUGCAGAGCAACACCACCAAGUCAUUCCAUGUUUUGUCCUUCCUUAAACACUAUGUGCUCCCUCCUCUCCUCCAUGGCGAGGAGUAGUGAUCUUGGAGAAGCCAUUCCUCCUCACACUAACAUUCUUCCACUCUGCUCUUUGAGGCAGUUUGGAGUCGCACUCAAAUAAAGUCUGCCUCAACUUGGAA